CGCAGGUGUCGCUUUUGUUUUAUGGGCCUUGCUUCAGUCCUCUCCUGGAUUCGCAGAAUGACUCCCGGAAAGCUCGCCCGACGCGCUCCCUCUCCUGCCGCCUCGGACACACGAGCUGCUAAGCGAAGAAAGCUCGAGUACCCGCCUCUCACACCAGAUGACUAUCGGAACGGUGUUAUGCUUGCGCCUAUGGUACGCUCUGGUGCUCUGCCAACACGUCUCUUUGCUCUGAAGCACGGUGCAAAACUUGUAUGGGGACCUGAGAUGGUAGACAAGGCGAUUUUGCAUGCGGAACGGGUCGUUGAUCCUACCACCGGAGUCGUCUCUUACAUGGGAGUGUCAAAAGCCAUGUGGACAACCCACCCCAUCGAAAAGCCCUUCCUCAUCUACCAAAUUGGCUCAGCGGAUCCAGAUCUCGCGGUGCAAGCAGCCAAGAAGGUCAUGAACGACGUCUCCGGCAUCGACCUGAACUGCGGGUGCCCAAAGCCAUUCUCGACACACGCCGGCAUGGGUGCAGCGCUCCUGACGAACCCCGACUUGCUGUGCUCGAUCCUCACUGCUCUUCGCGAGAAUUUGCCGCCAGAGAUAAGCGUCUCUGCGAAGAUCCGACUGCUACCUACGCAAGAGGACACCCUCAAGCUCGUGGAACGGAUCGUGAACACGGGCGUGAACUGCUUGACGGUGCACUGCCGGACACGGAACAUGCGCCCGAGGGAACGAGCACUCGUCGGGCGGCUGGAGGAGAUCGUGAAGUUUGUGAAGGGGCUGGGCAAGGAUGUCGCGGUGAUCGAGAACGGCGACUGUGUUAGCUAUGAGGACUCGAAGCGGAUACGGAAGCUGACUGGCGCGGACUCGUGCAUGAUUGCUACCGCCGCUGAAGCGAACCCUACGGUCUUCUCCGCGCAGCCGUACAUCGACCUUGAGACAACCUUCGUCCCAUCAUACGUCCGCCUUUGCAAAUACCUCAACAACCACUGGUCCGGCACGAAGUUCUGCUCGAGCCAGUUCCGGGGUGAGCACGUCAGCGGGAACAAGUCCACGCAGACCGCCAUGAAGAACGCGAUCGCGCAGGCCAAGAGCUACGACGACCUCGAGAAGCUCGUCAGCCCCUGGACGGGCGAGCGGGAGUUCGAGGAGAUCGUGAGUGCCAUCGAGGCGCGUGACAGGGACCGGCAGCCCAAGAUCGAGGACGACGCACCUGCUCUCUCAGAGGCGACCUCCUCGUGUACUGCCGCCGCUGCGGCUGUUGCUGCUGAGACCGCAAAGGCGACUGAGCGGGAGAACUCACCCGCUGCGAGCGAAGGCGCAGAGUCGGCUACACUCUCGACAGUUUCGUCGCAGGACCUGAGUACCGUCAAGACACCUGUGCAGAGCCACUCGCCCGAUCUAUCGCUGCUCCGGGCACCGCUUGUCCCUGCAAACGAGCUGCGGAUACCCGUGCCUGCAGCUGUAUCUGGCGAGGACGUCCCGACCCCGACGCCAUCUCAGCAGUCGGCGGAGGUUGCGUAACAUACACCCCAUUCGCAUGUCUUUACCAUCAAUACACUUGCAUAUUACCC